UCGAGGUGCAUGAAAGUUGGCCCGGACACUAUGGUUAUCCAUAAAAGGAAAGAAGAGCUAGCUGGUCUGACAUGAUUUUUUGGGUUAGUAUAUGAAAUGGUGGUUGGAUUGUUAGUUCCCAUGUUUUGUUCUGUGGCUUUUUGGGUAGGGCUGGAAGCUUUGUAUGCCAUUAAAGCUUUGAUUAAUGCAUGAAGGAGGACUGAAAUGGGAUGAGACUUUUAAGUGAGGAGGAAUUGUCCUGUGAUGGGGCUAAAGAUUGGUCUUUCUGCACUUGAAGAAAACCGUUCUGUUUUUGUGGAAAAACCGCUCCUUUUGGAUCAUUAGCUUGGCUAUGGUUAUGGACCUCUCUGAAAUGGCUCUCAUUUUCAGCUGCAUGAUGACGAGAGGAAUUAUGUUUGCGGGAAGGUGAGUGUUAGUGAUGUAGUCUGAGUAUGGGUGGUUACUGGUGCAGCAGUGAGGGAGGAGUUAGUAGCCGUUGUAAAUAGUAGGUUAUCAGUCGGUUUCUCAUUGGUUAAUUGCGGUGGUGGAUCUGGUGGGUCCGUAGGUGGGGUUGUGGGACUGCUGGUGUUUCAAAUAAAUCAAUGGAGAGCAUGUAGUGAGAACUUACAUAUUUCCUUUAAUAUUUUUUUAUAGCUCGAGCACAUUAUUUAAUAAUAUCUUUUAAUUUUUCAUAAUUAUAUACUCAUUGAUAUUGGUACUCGCGCGAAGUGCCUAUCGUAAAACUAGUACUCUAUAUUAUAAUUUCAUGCACACUGGCAUAUUCAAUGUAUGUUUCUAUCUAGCAUUAUUCCAUGCUUGGGCAGAAUUCAAGAAUCAAUUCAUAAGAAAAGACGGACCAUGGUUAUCUAGCAUAUUCUUGCUGUAGUUGGGUGUAUGCCCAUUCAUAAUAUCAGCUAUAUCUAAUGGAUAAUACUACUCUUUAGUUUGCAUGGAUUUACUCCAGAAAACUGUUGGUUCCUGAGUAUAGAAUUGAAAAUGUGGCUGGAGGAUAAAAGAAAAUCCUAAGUAGGGGUUUCUCUCAUUGUUAUCGUCUCUUUAUAGGAGGUGGAAACAUCUUUUCAAAGUGUUGAUGAAUCAUGAAGUUCAAACUCAGACAUUACAGUUUCAUGAACAAGUAAUAACGAUACAGUCCGAGCAGGAAUCUGAACCAAAAACAAGUCCUCAACAUGCUCUGAACUAUCCACCAGUUGCCAGCAGAAGAUCGAGGCAGAAUUUGACUGAGGAGGAGAAGGAAGAACGAAGACUCUGUCGUGUGUUAGCAAAUAGAGAGUCUGCUAGGCAAACAAUUCGCCGGAGACAGGCAAUGUAUGAAGAAUUGACAAGAAAAGCAGCUGAUCUUUCAUCGGAGAACAACAAUCUGAAGAAGAAAAAGGAGCUGGCAGCUAAGGAGUAUGAUUCUUUGAAGAACGAAAAUGCUACCUUAAGACGACAGAUGUCUAGAAUAGAGAAGGCUGAAGCAGAGGGAACAGAUGGUGCUUCUAGGUCGACACCUGUAGAAAUCUCCACUACAAGUCCAGCUCCAGCUCCAACUCCAACUCCAACUCCGACUCCGACUCCAGCUCCGACCUCUCUUUUUAACCAGCCUCCUAUAUUACCUUUCUUUUGGCCAUCCAUUGUUCAACCUUUCAACUUAUUACAGUGUAGUACCCAAAAUAUUCCUGAAAUUGCAUCAGUGGUGCCUUCACCUACUGCCGGCGAAUUAAAUUCUAUUAACAGACAACAGAGUUCAAAUCCAGGAAAUCCACUGUAUGUACUUCCCUUCCCUUGCUUGAUCCCAUUUCAUCCUCAAAAUAAUCCAUUUCUUCCUUGGGCCUCGAAUGUCACUGGAAAACAUGCCGAGACUUCCUCAGCCCAUCAGUGUACUUCAUCAUAUAUGAACAUGGAGAACAAUCAAGCAACAACUACCCAGGAAACCGAGACGGAACCUAUGCUUGGUUUUCCACCAGACUCGGGUGCAUCUGAGAGAAGGCAACAGCGCUCUAGAGAAAUGGUCCCUAUGACUGGUCCCUCUGGACAUCAACAAGACGAUACCCCUGAUCCCAAUGCUGUCUCUUGUACCGCGGGACAUGGAGGAGAUACUUCAGAAAAGACAUCUCAAGAAUCCAUCAUCUGCUCUAGCGAAAAGACAGCAGAUGCCAUUGCAGCAGCAACAGAGGCUCGGAAACGAAGGAAAGAGCUACUGCAUUUGAAAUGCCACCAUUAAACUUCCCAGUCAUGAAGUUUGGCGAAAAAUAUCGAUUUGUUGAUGGCCAAUCACUACAGUAGAAGGUGCACUCCUUUUCGGUUUUUGUCUUAGUAUUAUAUAAGCCAUCUUUUAAUUUCAGUAAGAGAUAGAUCAUGAUGUAACGGCAGCAAAACAUUACAAGUUUUGUGAGAAUUUUGGUUUUGCUAAGAGUAAAUAUUAGAAGAGGAUGUAUAAUAUAUGUGCUCCUGCAUUUUGAACAUUUCAAAAGUUUUAGUUGUUAAAGUAUUAUCACCAG